AUGGUGGUAUCCCAAAUCUCGUGCGGAAUGACAACCGCAAUCGUCGGGUGCUGCAGUCUAUUCCGUUUUACUACGAGAAGACCGUGGAUGACACCGCCGUUGAGGUGGCCGUGCAGUACAACGACGGCUAUGCCGAGUCGGUUCAUUCAUAUGCCAAUUUGCAUCAAGACGCCGGAUGGCGGUACGCACCUGACUGGAUUCCGAUCCGCCCUGACCCGCGUGAUCAACGACUUCGCCCGCAAGCAGGGCCAGCUCAAGGACGACCAGGCCAACCUGAUCGGCGACGACGUGCGUGAGGGACUAGCGGCGGCCGUCAGCGUCAAGCUGACCUCUCCGCAGUUCGAAGGGCAGACCAAGCACAAGCUGGGCAACCCAGAGGUGCGCGGUAUAGUUGAGUCGGUGGUUGGCGAGGGCCUUGCCCGCUACCUGGAGGAGAACCCCACCGAGGGCCGCCGGGUGGUGGACAAAUGCCUGACCUCGCAGAAGGCCCGCGAGGCGGCCAAGCGGGCCCGCGACCUGGUCAUCCGCAAGAACGCGCUGGACGGUUCAUCCCUGCCGGGAAAGCUGGCCGACUGUGCUGAGAGAGACCCAGCCAAAUCGGAACUGUACAUUGUCGAGGGAGAGUCGGCCGGCGGUUCGGCCAAGAUGGGACGUGACCGGCACUUUCAGGCAAUCCUGCCCCUCAAGGGCAAGAUCCUAAACGUGGAGCGGGUCCUGCAACAGCCCGACAAGAUCCUGGGACACGAAGAAAUCCGCGCAAUGGUCGCCGCAGUAGGCGCCGGGGAAGGCGAGGACUUCGACCCGUCCAAGGUUCGCUACCACAAGGUCAUUAUCAUGACCGACGCUGACGUGGACGGGUCGCACAUCCGCACCCUCAUCCUCACAUUUCUAUACCGGCGGAUGCGGAGCCUCAUUGACAGUGGGUAUCUGUACAUCGCGCAGCCGCCACUCUACAGGAUCCAGUACGGCCGAAGAGUGGAAUACGCCUACACCGAAGAACAGAAAGAUGAGCUACUGGCAAAAAUACCAGUCAGCGCAGUCCCACCUUGCAGCGCUAUAAAGGCCUCGGCGAGAUGA